ACUGUCGCUAACUUCACACUGCAUGCCCCUACCCUCUCUAGUUCCUAUGUACGCACAAUGGUUGAGACCCUAUGUUUUAGAAGCUUUUCAAGCCUGGUUUCUUCGCACGUUGAUGGAAACACUAAGCAUUGCCGAGCAGGAAAUCGGAGGUGCCCAGUGCGCACGCUCUGGUGCUAAAAGCCCCACGUAGUCAAACAUGGCUGCCUCCAUGAAUUGGCUUCAUGCGCCAUUGAGCAGCUCCCAUAGGAAGCCAUGGAACCGUCUUAUCCUUCAGAUGGUGUCCUGGCUCAGUGUUGCCCCCUCUGUCCUGGAGGUCUGUGUGCAGUCUACUUCUUACACUGCCCAGCUGAAGACCCUUCUCAGAGGAGUGCAAGCUGACCUCUAUGUCCAGCUCUCCUGCUCAAAGAGUGGUGGAUUCAAUCAAAAUGACAAACGCCAGCAGCCAAUCAGAAUCCAUAACUGACUGCAUGAAAUGUUUAGGCUCCACCUCUUCAGGUGAAGACAUAAAGGCAGAAUCCGUGAUGGACAGCUCAGAUUAUGUAGGGGUGGAGACGAGGUCAAGUUUGAACAGAUGUGGAGACGUAGAGGACAGGACAGAGAGGAAGACUGGGUAUCUGAUGAGCAGAGAGCAAAAUGACGUACUAACCAACAUGAAGGAGGAGGAGGAAGAUCGGGAGAGAGAGAGUGUGAAAAUGGGGAUGAAGGAUAGUGUGAGAGGUGAGGGAUGCAGGAAGGAGGAAGAAAAGGAGAGGUAUAAACAGAGGGAGAGACGUGAUACUAAAUUUUCACAAACUCACAAAAUGGUGAAGAAUGAAGUCAAAUCUGAACAUGGACAACAGGAAGUGGAGGUGCUGUCUCCUCUGGUGACUUCCUGUCUGCUAAAACAGCCUAGAGUGCUGAUUCGCCGGCUUGAAAUUGGCAGUAGUUCAGUUCCUGUGGCAUCACCGCCUCAUCCAGUGGUCUGCACAAGAGGUCAGCGAGCGAGAUCUCUAUGGAGACGGCAUGAGCUCUCACCACUGAGAGGAAACGGAUCACUGAGACUGAAGGGUCAGGUCAUGACCCAGAAGAGGAAGACGAUUGGCCAGUUGGAGAGACCCCUGAAACUGCUGCCAUCUUCAUCAGAGAGCGGGAUCUGUAGUGAAGCCUACCUUAUUUCUCCUGUCAUCUCUCCCAGGAACCAAAACACAGGACAAGCUGUUGAGAUGUCGUCUCAGGCCCUGACCUGCUCCCAGUGCCCAUUCGUUCACGCACAGGAAGAGAAUCUUCAGCAGCACAUUGAGAAGGUUCACCCAGAAGAGCUCAGCAGGACUCUGGGGUCCCCACAACCUCCCAGCAGCACACAUCAGCACCCAACCCCGACACAGUCCCACACAGGCGCUCCAGGGGCCCAUACGUGCUCCUACUGUGGGAAGAGCUUCAAGUCAAAAUCGCUGCUGACGAGACACGAGAAAAUACACAAAAAAGACCGGCGGCAUCCGUGCCCCCAGUGCGGGAAGAGCUUCUACUAUUUAUACGAUCUGAAGGUACACCAGCGAGCUCACACAGACGAGCGCCCUUAUCAGUGCUCCCAGUGCGGGACGAGCUUCAAAUCUAAAUCAAUGCUGACAAGACACGAGAAAAUACAUAAAAAAGAAUGUGCAUAUCCGUGCUCCCAGUGUGCCAAGAGCUUCUACUAUUUAUACGCUCUGAAGGUCCACCAGCGAUCUCACACAGACGAGCGCCCGCACCAGUGCUCCCAGUGUGAGAAGAGCUUCCGACAGUUAAGUGAUCUCAAGGAGCACCGGCGUACUCACACAGGUGAGCGGCCGUACCACUGCCCCCUGUGCGAGAAGAGUUUCAAACGCUCGUGUGAUCUGAGAGGGCACCUGCGAACCCACACAGGUGAGCGCCCGUACCACUGCUCCCAGUGUGGGAGAACCUUCAGCCGAUUGGGUGCUCUAAAAGAUCACCAGCAAACCCACACAGGUGAGCGCCCGUUCCAGUGCCCCCUGUGCGAGAAGAGCUUCAGACGCUCGUGUCAUCUGAGAGGGCACCAGCGAACCCACACAGGUGAGCACCCGUACCACUGCUCCCAGUGUGGUAGAAGCUUUAGCCGCUUAGGUUCUCUGAGAGAACACCUGCGAACUCACACAGGUGAGCGCCCGUACCACUGCUCCCAGUGUGGGAGAAACUUUAUCCGGUUGGGUACGCUGAAAGAUCACCAGCAAACCCACACAGGUGAGCGCCCGUACCAGUGCUCCUUGUGCGGGAAGAGUUUUGUCCGCUUGAGUAUUUUGAAGGCGCACCAGAAAGCUCAUACAGGUGAGCGUCCGUACCACUGCUCCAAGUGUGGGAGGAGCUAUAAGACCAUAUGGAUUCUGCAGGAACACCAGCAAAUCCACACGGGGGAACGUCCGUACCAGUGCUCCCAGUGCGGGAAGCGUUUCGUUCGCUCGUGUCAUCUGAAUCGCCACCAGCGGACCCACACAGGGAAGCCGCCGCACCAGGGCCUGAAGACCCUCAGCAGGUCAGACGCUCCGCAGCAACACCAGCAAGCGCACACAGGUGAGUGAGGACCUGCACCGCUGCUCCCACUGAAGGUAUUUAUCACUUCCGACAGAACCACCAGCGAGCCCAUACAGGGGAACUUCCUUACCAGUGUGGCGUUUCGCCCCCUAAUUAUUUUGAGGGUACACCAGCAAGCUCAUACAUGGGAGAGUCCGUACCGCUGCUCGCAGUGUGGGAAGAAUUUCCGUGAGUCGAGCACUUCUGAAGGUUCACCAGCCAAGCCCCUGUAACCGUGCUCCGAGCGUGGGAGAGAACUCCGCCGUGUUUUUCGGGCAGUACGCCAGCGAACCCACGCAGGGUCACGUCGCCACGUCCAUGUUUUUAUUUCACUUGGGCUUUUCCUUCCACUCUCCAGCAUAUCGGCGGAAAAGUGGAACGGUUUGGCGAGAUUCGUCGUCACGGUUUCCUGCGCAUCGUAUGCGUACAGCCAUUCAACUACACAUCUUUCGCACCACUGUGCACUGGCAUUAUUGAACACACUGUACAAUAAGCUGCAUGCACUUUGACCUGGCAUUCCUCUUUGACUCUUACCGCUGCACAUCUAAUGGGUUUAAGGUCCUAACAUACACAUAGAACUCAGGAUAUCUGCACCCUGCAGUCACUCGCCUAUACACUAGUGCUGUAGCAAGAUGCACAACUGUGUCUGUGCAGGCUACACAAGCCAGAGGCACGUCCGUGUCUACCUAGAUAGGCAGCGAUCAGUGUAGAGCCACACGACUGGCGGAAAGCAGUCUCCUCCUUCCUCUGUUAUCACAGAGGAAAAGUUAAACACUAUUUUGUAGUCAGAUAACCAAGGUAACAUUAAAUGAGUCCCGGUCCAGGAGCAGCGGGUAAGACUACACGCGCCCCUUCGCCCACUCAGACACUUCCGCUGUUUGGUGUAUCCGGGAGGUUUCCGGCAGUGGUGACAUUGAGUUUUACUCUUCUUCCUAAUGAGGUGGUUGUUCCUGUUACUGAUGUACGCAUGCGCACAGCCUCUCUUAGAGGGCAUAGAUUACUGCUGUGAAUAGUGCUUUUCAGUGUGGUGUUGACUGUUAGUGGAUCGAGUGUUAAGUGUUUUCCUAAAUGGAUUCCCUUUCUUAUUAAAGAUACUUGGCUUAAAGAGCAA